AUAAUGAUGGAACCAAGAAUUGAGAAUGUCAAGAAAGAGAAUCCUGUGAAGUACAUGUAUAUGCAUCUGUCUGAACCAGUGAGUUCAAAUGAUUGGGUAGAGGCCGAAGGUGAUGAGGAACAUUCCAAACAGAGUGGUGCUGAUUCAUGUUCGUGGGUCAGUACCUACACAGCUGACCAAACUGUUGAGGACAAACGAUUACAGCCUUCCAUGGAGACAAGAUCCAAUGUCAUAAAGAAAAACUCCAGUAAUGCCAACACUGAGUUUACAGUCCCUUCCGAUAUUUGUGACUUGAACUUUGAAAAGUGUGGGAAAAGUGGGUGCAUCAUUGUAACAGCAGAUUCUGUUCAGCUCUUGAGGGUGGCUUUCGACAAAAGUAUUCAUGUACAAGUUGUGUUCAAUUCUUUGAAAAAAGUUGAGAAGGAUGAUAAUGAUGACAUGUUUAAUGAAUGUAAGGGUGAGUCAAUAGCGCAGAAUCAAAGUGAGGAACCAGUGAGCUCUUCUGUUGUUGAGGAUACAGAAUUAAAAAUUUUACCCACAGAUGUGGCAGACACAAACUUGACAAGCAAGUCUAGUACUGAUAGUAUGAAUCAGAAAGUUUCCAGGGAAGAGCUUCAAGGUUCAAACAAGUCUCAUGGUAGGAGAGGCAAGAGAGCUAGAAGGAGUUCUGAAAGAGGACUUUCCAAAUCCAAGAAGAAACGGAAACAGUCUAAACAAGAGGAGGAUGAUGCUUGCUACUGUCGUUACUGUGACCUGUCUCUGAGGAACUGGGAUGAGUAUGUGAAACAUUUGCUGAACGAACACCCCAAACGGAAAGAGACGAAGAUACUGACUCAGGGCGGGGUUGGGCACAGUAAUAAGGAACGCCACAAAGGUGAUGAUGCUAGUGAUUCUGAGAUUGACAUUCCAUCUAUUAUUAGCCCAAAUGUGGAAGAAUUUAAAUGUAAUCAAUGUGAAGCCACUUAUAAAACUCAAUCUGGGUUUGAUCGUCACCGCAAAUGGCAUUCAAAAGAAGAGAGUGGAAAAGAUCUUCAAAUUGUGGAAAAACAGGAGAUAAGAACAGAAGAAAUAUUUGAAGAGGAUGUUGAUGAUGAUGAUAGUGAUGACUUUGAUGAAAAAAGUAAGGAUUCUUCAAUUAAAAAAACAAAUUCACAGACUCCGCGCGUCGAUUUUCCUUGUUCUUUCUGUGAGGUGACGCUACCUUCCUACAAUGAGCAUUUGGAACAUUACAGGCUGAAGCAUGUAGAGGAGUUCACUUGCAAGUUUUGUAACGAAACUUUCCACUCUAUUACAGCUUGUCGCCGACACUCUAAAACUCAUGGACCAUUUUGCUUUCUUUGCAAGGAAAAGCUUCCUAAUCGCAUGCAUGUAAAUUAUCAUUGGAGGGAAAAUCAUGUGGGUGAGGUUGACAGCCAGGGCAACAAGAUAUUUGAGAAGUGUCCAGAAUGUAUUCUGAUCUUUGCCAACAAACGGAAGCUGAUAAACCACAUGAAACACCAUGAGCGUCUCAACCAGAGAGACAAGCAUAUCUGCCAUAUUUGUGGCAAAGCUUUACAGAACAUCAGUUGUUAUGCGGUGCACAUGAAAAGCCACAGUGCUGACAAGGGUGUUUCUGACCAAAUUCCUUGUGAUCAGUGCGGCAAGAUGUUCGCAAAUGAAAUGGGCCUCAACAAGCAUCACUCAAAUCAGCACAGCGUCAAACCUUAUAAGUGUAAAGUUUGCGGUAAGGGUUUCGCCACCACCAAACACUUGUACAGACACGAGAGCCUGCAUACAACAGGCAGGCCUUAUCAGUGCAGCGUGUGUCAGAAGUGUUUCUCGCAGUCUUACAAUUUGACCAUCCACAUGAGGACCCACACGAAGGAAAAGCCCUUCAGCUGCAGCCAUUGUACUCAGCGUUUUAGCCACAAGUGUUCCUUGCAGGGCCAUGUGGCGUCAAAGCACAAGUUUGAGACUAUGCUAAGUUAGUUUGAUUUAGCAUUUUUCCUCUCAAAUCCUACUUUCUGUGGUUUAUUUGUAUACGAUACAGUAGUGUGGGGUCCAAAACUGCCAUUCUUGUUCUUUUUGAUAACCUCGCUGUGUUCAAUGGGAAGUUAAAGUGGUGUUGAUAUAUAUGUAUGUAUAAAUUAUAUUUAUUUAUCUGUAUAUAUAUCUACACAUCUAUCUAUCUAUAUACUUUAUAUAUAUAAAGAGGGUGUGAGAGAUGGACAGACGGACAAUGUAAAUGAUGCCAUGCCAGUAUUGCUGUCAGUGUAUCAAAGAAAAAGAUAUACUUCAUCCAGACAUAGUCAUUCUGACAAAGGUUUAGAAAGCUGUGAAUUUCCUUGCUGCUGUGUGAACUUGACGUCUAAUGUGAAACCUCAAGGAAGUACAUUUGGGGUGUUCUACCUGGCAAUUGAGACUAAAACAAAACAGGAGAUGAUGAGUUGAAGAAUUUGCUGUUCUGGAUUUGUACAAUAGUCUCUGCCUGUAAGUAUACUGAUCUUGUUUUUAAGGGAUAUGAGUGUGUUCAAUGGGAAACUAUGUCUCAUUUGUCAUAAUUGUUAUGACUUCUCAUUGGCAUCUGUUAAUAAAAUCAAUAUGUUGUAUGUCG